AUGACGCUCGACCCCCGCGAACCCUCGCCCGAGGAUCCGUCCAGCGGAUUCGGCCAGGCCUUCCCCGAAGGCGGCUGUCAAGCAUGGACAUGUCUGCUAGGAUCGUGCCUGUUGAUGUUCCCAUCCUUUGGCUUUCAGGCUGCUGUGGGCGCCGUUCAAGACUGUAUCAGCCUGCACCAACUGUCCGGGUAUAGCGUGCGAGACGUGGGCUGGAUCAUCGCUAUCUUGGUGUUUCUGACCCUGUCCCUGAGGGUCCAGCCGCCAGCUUUCACCUCGUACAUCCUGCUCGCCGAAUGCACCAAGUACUGGCACUUCAUCCUCUGCCUAUCGAUCCUGGGAGGCGUCUCCGCAGCCGUCAACACAAUGGUUGCAAUCGCAGUGCUAAGCCAGUGGUUCCAUCGCCGACGGGCAUUAGCCUCUGGCCUGUGCAUGGCAGGCUCGUCCGCCGGCGGAGCAGUGAUCACUCUGAUCCUCCAAACAAUAUUCCCCUGCUACGGCGUGAUCCUGGUGCGCGGCCGCCUCCCAGCAGGCAACCGCACCGCCAGCCGCGCAACAAUCGACAUGGGCGCGUUCCACUCCCCGCGGCUGUGUUUCCUGACCGCAGCGGUAUUCGCCUUCGAGUUCAUCAUGUUCGGGUGCGCGGCGCUGCUGCCGACGUACGUGCGGUUUUCCGGGAUCUCGACCAACGUGCAGCUCUACUCGCUCACAGCGCUGAACAGCAUGAGUCUGCUGGGGCGCGUGCUGCCCGGGUUCGCGGCCGACCAGGUGGGUCUGUUCAACGUCUUGCUGUGUCUGGUGGUGGUCACAUUGGUGGUGAUGGCCGCCGUGUGGCUGCCGUUCGGGUCGCGUGACGUCGCUAUCUUUGGCUUCGGGUCCGGUGGCUGGCUGUCGCUGGCACCGGUGUGUGCCGGCCAGCUCUGUCGCACUGAGGAGUACGGCCGGUUUUACGGAACGGUUUACUUUGUUGCUGCGUUUGGUGUACUUUUGACUGUGCCGGGUGGUGUUGAGUUGUUGCAGGCCACGACGCCGCAGGUGCUGGUGGGGUUUUAUGCCGCUGUGUUGCUUGUGGGACUUGUUGCGUUGACGCUGUCGCGGUGGGCGGUGUUGGAUUAGAAGUGGCGGUGGAAGGUUAAGGUCUAGGGUUAGAGUCUUCUAGUUAUGAAGUCUGUCUUGGAGGAAUUAUAGGAGCUUUGGAUGAUGGCAGUAGUGAUUCUUUAUGUG